UUGGGCUUGAGGCUUUUGUUUAUUGACUAAAUACCUUUACCUAACAUUAAUAUAUUAUUUUAGUCUUUAUUCGUUAUUAACUAAUUAACGCUGCAUUUAUAUGAAUAAUGUCUGUGUAUGGGGACUAUAAACGUUUAUCUCCCAUCGAUGAGUUAAAAUCACCGACUGUUCAUUUAAUACGAGAAAUCUAUGAUGGUGAAAAUGCUCAUGAUAACUUUAUUUUGGAUCUGGACAGAGCACUCGUCGAAAAAUAUGAUUACAUAAUCGUUGAGCCUGCGAAAGUAGCCGACGAAACUAGUCGCUGGAUAAUAGUUGGAAAUUGUUUGCACAAGACAGCAGUUCUCAGUGGAAUUGCAUCUACAGUAUCAGCAUUCGUCUGGCCAAGAAACAUUGCCGCAUGUGCUUCAGUUGGAUUCGUAUCGUUGUUUUGUUCGACACUAUAUGCAGUUAGUUGGGAUACCGAUCCUUGUGUGCAAUACCAAAUAGAAAAGAAUCCAAAAAAGCUCCCAAGAUUUCCCAAUUUAAACGAUUUCACUUCACCCGUAGUGCUUAAAUACAAAAGCAACAAGAAGAAGAAAUAUUUUCAUAGAUCAUUAACAACGAUUGCAAUUGGAGUUUGUGUUUUUAGAAUAUAUGAGUUGCUAAAGUAGUCUGAAAAUUUAAUCGCAUUUCAAAACUUUAUGAUGAGUUUACGGGGAUAAGAAUUCUAUGUUAUUAGCUAUAAUUAGACUGUUCGAGUUGAAUUGUUUAAUAAAAUAGAAUAUGAAAGAAAAGAUCUUUAAAGUAAAUGUCUAUGUCGGAUGAGAAAUGUCCAUAGAGCACUGAUUAUCUUCUGUAAAACAAAAUUAUUGAUAUUGUUGAGAAUCAUUUUAAUAUUUUUUUGUAGCCUCUUUAUGUUGUCAUAAGUUUUUAGAAAGAAAAAUAAAUUUCAAAAUGAGUAAAUAGAAUGCAGAAACAUGUUAAUUAAAUACUUGAUGAAAAAUAAGAACAUUUUC